AUGGCGCCUCCUCAGUCCGACGAGCAGCUCGUCGACGAUCCUGCCAUGGUGGACAUUACUCCUCCUCACCCCGACGAGCAUUUCAGUGAUGAGCCGGCCGUGGAAGACACAGCCCCUCCUCGAUUCUCCGACGAGCAACAACCCGGCAGCGUGCCGCAAACCACGCUGAUGCCGUACGCAGCCGUGGACUCGUCGCUGCGCGCCAUGGCCGGCCAGGCCGAGGGCUUCGGCCGGCACGCCAUCGGCGGCCUCCACGGCGACGUCUACCACGUCACCACCCUCAAUGACGACGGGCCCGGGUCGCUGCGCGACGGUUGCCGUCGCCAGGAGCCGCUGUGGAUCGUCUUCGACGUGUCCGGCACCAUCCGCCUCGCGUCGGGGCUGCGCGUGUCCUCCCAGAAGACCGUGGACGGCCGCGGGCGGCGCGUGACGCUGUCCGGCAAGGGCCUUCUUCUUCGCGAGUGCGAGCACGUGAUCCUGUGCAACCUGGAGGUGGAGGGCGGGCGCGGGCACGACGCCGACGCCGUCCAGAUCAAGCCCGGGUCGAGGCACGUGUGGGUGGACCGCUGCAGCUUGCGCGACUUCGCCGACGGCCUGCUGGACGUGACCUGCGGCAGCACGGACGUGACGGUCUCCCGGUGCCGCUUCUCGGCGCACGACAAGGCCGUGCUGAUCGGCGCCAGCAGCGAGCACGUCGUGGACCGGCGCAUCCGGGUGACCAUCCACCACUGCCUCUUCGACGGCACGCGGCAGCGGCAGCCCCGCGUCCGGUUCGGCCGGGUGCACCUCUACAACAACUACACCAGGGGCUGGGGCAUCUACGCCGUCUGCGCCAGCGUGGAGUCGCAGAUUGUCUCCCAGUGCAACAUCUACGAGGCAGGGGAGAAGAAGAAAGUGUUCACGUACAUGAGCGAGCAGGCGGCGGACAGGGACUGCAGUUCAAGUGGGCGCAUCCGGUCUGAAGGCGACCUGUUCCUGAACGGCGCGAAGGAGCACACCGAAAAUGAUUUGGAAACUGCAGAAGACGGCCAGUGGGACUUCAAGGUCCGGGAUUGCUACAGGCCGUGGUCGGUCCAGCCGGCGUCGAUGGCGCUCAAGGAGCUCCUGGAGUCCUGCACCGGCUGGCAGCCGGUUCCGUUGCCGGAAGACGACGAUCAGUGCACCGAUGAUGUCAAGUAUGAAGAGGAGUUUAUCGUGAACUCCCGGGACACCAAGCUGUUCACCUGCUCAUGGAUGCCGCACAAUUCAGAGCCCAAAGCUUUGAUAUUCAUCUGCCAUGGGAUUGCAGCAGAGUGCAGUGUAUCAAUGAGAGAUACUGCCUCCCGUUUGGUGCGCGCCGGGUACGCCGUCUACGGGAUAGAUCACGAGGGGCACGGCAGGUCGUCUGGCCAGAGAUGCUACGUGCCGAACUUCAGCGACGUCGUUGCCGACUGCUCCAGCCAUUUCAUGAGCGUCUGCGAUAAGCCGGAGAACAGGGGGAAGAAGCGGUUCCUGUACGGGAUCUCCAUGGGCGGGAGCAUAGCGCUUCUCCUCCACAGGAAGGAGCCGGCCUACUGGGACGGCGCCGUUCUGCUUGCUCCAAUGUGCAAGAUUUCUGAUGACAUGAGGCCUCAUCCGGUGGUGGUGAGCGCUCUGAAGAUGGUAUGCGCGGUGGCGCCCGGUUGGAGGAUCAUACCCAUCCCGGACAUCAUCGACAAAGUCUGCAAAGAUCCAGAGAUGAGAAAACAGGUUCGCUCCAAUCCGUAUAUUUACAGGGGAAAGCUCCCAUUGAAGACCUGUCAUGAACUCCUCAUGGUGAGCCUAGACAUUGAGAAGAACUUGCACGAGGUGAGCCUGCCGUUCUUGGUGCUGCACGGAGGAGACGACAUCGUGACGGAUCCUUCGGUGAGCAAGCUGCUGUUCGAGGAAGCGUCGAGCGGGGACAAGGACUUGAAGCUCUACCCUGGGAUGUGGCACGCGCUCAUGGCAGAGUUCCCUCAGGACGCCGAGCGCGUCUACUCCGACAUCAUCUCUUGGCUGGACCAGAGGGCGAAUUGUGCAGCCAAUGUUUCAGCGAAUACUGGCACGGCAAGUGCCUAG